UGUCUUAAGCUUUAACCCUCAUUUCAUUAUUACCUUUUUCUUGCUCUCCUCCUUUCUUCUUAUCUUUCUAUCUCAGACGCUCAAAGUGAAGUCUUUUCUGUUAUUUUUUUUUUCUUCUUCUAUUUUGCUUAUUUCCUCCAUGGAUUCUUAUGAAGCUACAAGAAUGGUGUUCUCUAGGAUCCAAAAUUUGGACCCUGAAAAUGCCUCCAAAAUCAUGGGUUAUCUCCUCAUUCAAGACCACGGCGAGAAGGAGAUGAUUCGUUUAGCUUUUGGCCCUGAAACUCUCAUUCAUAAUCUCAUAAUCAAGGCCAAAUCUCACUUGGGUAUCCUCAACUUUCAAAAUAAUGCAAUUACAACCCCUUCUUCUUCCUCUCCCUCUACUCCUUCUUCUCCUUUCAACCCCAUUUCCCGGCCUAACCCCUUGUCCAUUUCCUCCUCCUGUUCUUCUUCUUCAACUCCCUGGCCCCUCUCUGGACUCCCCAGCCCCCACAGUCCAAGCGUCAAUGGCUUCAGCUCCUCUCUUUCUUAUGCAAAUAUCGUCAAUGGAACCUCCAAUGCUGCAAAUUCUGACUCUUUAUACAAUAAUGGUGAUGUUAUUGAUGACUUUCAGCUUCAAGAUCACCUCUCUUUUCUGGACGAUGCUAAAGGUGAAGACUUGUUUGACUCAAGACUCGAACUUGGUUUCUCUCCGACGGAUUCUCAGUUACACAGGAGGAGUUUUUCGGUUCCCGUUGCGAGUUGUUUCGGAUCCGAAGAUGCAAAUUCUCCGUUCGGUUGGAAGCAAUGCUUGUAUUUCGCUAAAGGGUUUUGUAAGAAUGGAGGUAGCUGUAAGUUUCUUCACGGUGACUCAGUUUCUGCUGUUGCCGAUGCUGCUUCUUCAUCUGCCGCCAUUAACGUUGGUUCGCCGAACAAGCUCAAUGAGUUCGAAAAGCAAAGAAAGCUCGCCGCCGUCUCCUCUCAGUUCAUGGGCUCGGUUUCUUUUCCUUACAACAAGUGCAUGAACCUCCUUUUGCAGCAGCAAAACGAAACACUAAGAUCAGCUGCAUUGAUGAUGGGCGAUGAGUUGCAUAAAUUUGGUCGUUGCAGGCCUGAUAGAGCUUCUGAGUUUUCAGCAAUGGGGUUGGGAGGAUCUGCGAAUCCGGGUUCGAGACAGAUUUAUUUGACAUUUCCAGCUGACAGUACAUUCAGAGAAGAAGAUGUUUCUAAUUACUUCCGCAAUUAUGGGCCGGUGCAGGAUGUGAGGAUUCCUUAUCAGCAGAAGAGAAUGUUUGGAUUUGUGACUUUUGUGUUUCCAGAGACAGUGAAGCUCAUCCUGGCCAAAGGGAAUCCCCAUUUCGUUUGCGAUUCUCGCGUGCUCGUAAAGCCUUACAAGGAGAAGGGAAAAGUCCCGGAAAGGAAGCAGCAACAGAUUGAGAGAGGUGAGUACUCUGCGUGUUCAAGCCCGUCCUCGCUUGAUUCUCGAGAGCCAUUUGAUUCUCAUCUAGGAGCAAGAAUGUUAUACAAUACACAAGAGAUGUUAUUGAGAAGGAAAUUAGAGGAACAAGCCGAUUUGCAGCAAGCCAUUGAACUGCAUGGAAGAAGGCUAAUGAAUUUGCAACUUCUAGACUUGAAAAACAAUUACCAUCAUCAUCAUCAUCAUAAUCAUAAUCAAAGUCACCAUCAAUUUCAUCAUGGUUUGCCAAAUGGGUCACCAAUUCCUUCACCAACUCUACCUCAAACUCCCCACAAUCCGGCUCUCAUUUUCCCAAUAGAUGGCCCUGAAGAAGAACUCCAACAAGAAAAAUGUGUGAGCCCAGUUGAAGAUUCUCAAAAUGCUGCACUUCCAGAUGGUGAUCAGGAAGUGAAUAAUCCAACUUGUGAUCACAAUAAUGGCAAUGCCAACAGUAGUAGUAGUAAUAGUAACAACAAGGAGAAGUCUAGUAGUAACAACAAAACUGAAGAAAGUGAUCUUCAUGAAAGUUUAGAGCACAUUCUCCCUGAUAACCUUUUUGCAUCUCCAAAGAAAUCAACUGUUGAUGAACUCACUGUGUUCUCCUCUGAAGCUGAUGACAAACUAUCAGCUUCAAGCACUACAGUCACAUCCACAAUCAACAAGGCUUCUCUUAAAUCAUGUUAUCUACAAAUGCCGAGUUUUUCAUCUGGGCAUGGAACAAUUGGCAUGUAGCAUCAAUGAUGGGCAGCAAUGGGGGGUUGAUUAUGCCAGCUUUGAUAUCAUUAGGUGUUGAUAUGAAUGCGAUGUAUGUGUGCACAUGCAUACAGUUAUGGAUUGGAAUUUGGAGUCAAAAGGGAGGAUUUCUUUUGUGAUGUUGGGUUUGUUUAUGUUCAAUAUUUGCAGAAACUUUGGAAGCAUCAUAUAAAAAGAGGAGAAAGAAUCCUCUACUUGUAUAGCCACAAAACCACACAACCCACAAGAAAAAAAAAAAAAAAAGCAAAUCCAAAAGAAAAAUCUGAAAGACAAGAUCUCAGCAAGAUCACCAUCAUCAUCAAUACAAUACUACUUACAAUGAAUACAUAAUUGCAUAGAUAAAAGGACAGAUGAACUGAUUUAUGAAGUGGGGUCUCUUUCUCUUUCUUUAUUUCCCUACUGUGGAGUCCCUGUAUGUGAAUGUGUCUACUGUGGAGUCCCUGUAUGUGAAUGUGUUUGGACCACCACACACCAGAGGAAGCAGCAGCAGCAGCAGGAAGCAGAUAAAAAAAACAAAAGGCAGGCUUGUAGUAAUUUAAUUUUACUGUCUUCUUUUCAUAAUGUCAUUUAUCUUUUUUUCUUUUCACUUUUUACCCACAUUUGAGUGGGGUGAAAAGGACUACUACGUAAAGAAAUGAAAUUAUGUAUCAUCAUCAAGAUGAAAAUAUAAAAAUAUAUAUUAUAUAUGUAUUAUCUA